AUGCUAACCACUACAUGGUAAAACGUACAGACCCAGUCUCAUCGUUGGUAAUUUCCUUCCGCAUGAUCCCUCACAUUCAUAGGUAUUUUCUGUCUACCUAGUAUCUAUCUAGGUAGAUAGCUGCCCAGUAUGACCGGGCCACAUUCCGAUGUUUCCAAUAGGUCAUAGUGGUAGCAUAGUUUCUAUGCGGUGUCUAAUUUGAUUUACUCCUCCUACUCAUGAUAGAUAGGUACUUAUCGUAAGGGAUAUUUAAUUAUUAGAGGUCGAGGGCCACGCCAUGUCAAACGACGGCAAUGAUUAUCAUUAGAAAGGGGCCUACUACUACGUAGCGUAGCAACGAGCAACGACCUAGGACCAUGGAUGUAUCUUUGGAGAGUUCAUAAAAAGGAAUCAGAGGAGAAGGAGGUACCUAACCUAGGGUGUGCAAUGAAGGGACAAAUGAUAUCCACUAUGUUUGGAAGGUGCUAUUGGGAUUUUUCUGUGACUCCUUCCAUAGAUGGGAUAUAGACUACCACAUCAAAGCACUACAAGGUUUUUUUUCUCACCUCCUGUUACCUCGUCUCAUUUCCUUUCUUCUAAUCUAAUACCUACACGUAUACUCAUACUACUUACAUAGUAGAAGGUAACUAGUAUUGUGGCAGGCAUAUCACAAAACUUCCAGGCAAAAUAAUAGCCGGUACUGAAUAUGGAUAUGCCCACUGAUAUGCACCAUUCUGCCCGAGAAAAGCGUGUAAAAUCCAUCCUAACCUUCUGCCAUAACCUCCAGAAACAGCUGCCGAGCAAGGACGAUGAGCACGCCCUCCAAGCCCUGAUCAGUGAACUAGAGAAUCAGAUUGAGAUCAUCAAGUCAUCCUCUCUCAAGUCAUCCGGUUCUCACCGUCACCCACAACUUGAUAAGGCCGGCACUGACCUUUGGAAUUGGUGUGUGCAAAUCAAACGUCAAGAUAACGACCAGUGUUCGCCAAAUAGAAGUAGACUCUUCGCCCUAACCCGGGUAUACUCAUUGUUAAUAUUAUCACUCGCGCAAUGGGGCGACCACAAUACACCGGGAGAUCUCCUUCGCCUGGGAAAAUUGGCAAUCAAAGCCGGCAGAUCUUGUAUUGUGGACGGUGAGUUUAAAUUUGCACUUGUGGCCCUGCAGAAGGCCGCAGACUAUAACGGACUGUUGCAGAAUCUGCAAGCGAAGCUACCCAACGAGGAGUCGCAUGCCUGCAAAAGGUUGGAGUUAGAGCAUCUAACACUUCGUAUAGCCUCGAAGGAAGGCCGCCACGACGUAGCGGACCAUUUCUACAACAAGAUAAAGAGUUGUGAAAGUACCACAGACCCCAUAUCGGCAGAGAAUUUGGCCGACUCAUUCUUCGAAAUUGGUAAAGAUUUGACUGCGAAGAAGAACUUCACACUAGUAGCAAAAUGGCUGGAAAGGGCCUUUGAAUUCAUCAACAGACAAGAAUUAGGACAGUUGUCGAGAGAGGCUAUCGAGUUGAGGUUGGCAAUAUCUCAAGCCCUUGUCCACGCAUACUUAAAUAACAACACGGCGGAAGACUUUCAGAGAGCCGAAAACCAUGUUUGCUACAUCGAAUCAGAACUUGGUGACCAGCUAGUUGUCUUGUUACUUAGGCUGGAACUCCUAGUGAACUCACCAGCAGAAGUAUUUGAUAGCAGCGCAUACGCUGCAAUCCUCCGACGAAUGCUUAGAAGCAUAGAUAUUUCGGAAUCAAGCUUCAAUCUUAUGAUACAUCAUAUCCGCAAGCUAGAAGACAAGAGUCCAAGUCUCGCCUCCUCAGUCCUCGAUGGAUUUAUAACAUCACAAGUAUUGCCCACCCAGCAGCACGCAUGGGUCGAACGAGCCGUCGUUUUGCGCACCCAUAUGGCAACUACGCAUCGGGAUACUCUUGAUACGAUACGGAGCCUCGCAUCUACCUAUGAUAGUGUCGAAGCCAGCCUGGAAAAGCCGUUGCCUUCGGCUGCUGUUCUUGCUAUACAAACACUCAUAUGGAAGAGAGUUGACGCAUCGUUCAGUCAAGGCGAUCUAGAUUUAACUGAGAGUUGGUGCCGUGUUGCCAUGCAUCCAGCUCUUCGUCAUUCCGGCCCGGUGAAUGCAACAAAGAUCGUCAGGAAAUUACUUGUUUGUGCUCUUCAAAGAAAUAACCUGGAUAAUGCCAUGGAAAUCUUCAAUUCCAUGGAUUCAUCAGCGAAACGAGAGCCCAUGACCAUGUAUCUGGCAUACAAAUUGGCGCUGAGGAGUGGAGAUCGAGUGAUGGCCUCCGAUUGCUUGAAGCACUUCAGUGAAAUUUCUUCGAAGGACUCUCCGUAUCUUUAUGCCUGUUGUAUAGAUGCUCAAGAAGCAGAAGACAAACUGUGCGCGGUCGAAGCAUUGCAAUAUCUCAUUGAGAAAUAUGAGUACAGCUCCCCCGAUGCUGUUCAUCUGCCCGCUCUGCUUCGUAUGAUUAUUCGCCUUGAGACAUCGCUUCUGAAUGAACAAGAUAAAAGUGGUGAUGAUCUUCAACUUCUGGUAGAUGAUAUUUGCCAGGCUUUUGAAGGUGCAAUACAACGAGACCCGCGUGAUCAGCAGGGAGACAAACUCUUCACCAUAAACGAAUUGGACUGGUUUUGCAAGAAUGCUUACAACCUAGGCUUGAAGCAUAUACAUGUGUGGCAGCUAAGGCAAAGCGUCCGCAUAUUUCAAUGUUGCCUUUCCAUCAUGUCCCAGUACCCCCCAGACAUACCCCUUCAAGCCUCCGAGGAUCUAUCACUACGCGCAAUGUUUUGCCAUUUUCUAAUGGCAACGGCACUCAUUUCUUUGGCUCGAUCAGAAGACAACAUUGAGACACAGCUCCAGGACUACCUCAUGAUGCGCAGUCAUGUCAAUGGGUUUGAUACAGAACUAAACUCACGACUAGAAACACUGAACAAAGAUGACCUCUCGGAGAUCUUAUUAAAAGCUAAUACCUGCUGCAAUCUGCCGACAUUUCAGGCGAUGGCCGAUUGUAUUCUUCGAGCCCAGUCUGUGCCCGCACAAGUUCUUUACGGUACGCUACGCAAGAUUAUCAACCACAUAUUUUUACUUGAACAGUUUGAUAACGAGAAGUUGGCAAAAUACUUGCGAUGUUUGCUGAAGGCUACUCUUUCUUCAGAUCCUGAUUACCCUCUGAGAGUUAUGGACGAUAUCUGUAGACUAGUCAAGCAAUGUGCGAGUACCCAAAACCCCAUCCCUCCUCUAGAGCUCGAAUGGUUUGUUACAACCGCUUUCAACCACGGCGUUGACCUCUUCGGAGCUCAUGAGGAUGAGCUAAGCAAGAAGUGGAUUUCCCAUGCGCUCACGUUGGCACAUUACCAUCAGGAUGGAGGGGAACUAGAACAAGAGCUCCAAAAGAGGCAGAUCAACCUCAAGUGGGAUUCUUGA